UUCUUUAUUUUUUCGGAUUCCCGACGCGGUUGUUGCGGUGCCGCGUCUCUUUGCAGUCCCGGUCGUCGUCAUGGUGAAGCUGAGCAAAGAGGCCAAGCAGAGGCUGCAGCAGCUUUUCAAGGGAGGCCAGUUUGCCAUCCGCUGGGGUUUUAUUCCUCUCGUGAUUUAUCUGGGAUUUAAGAGGGGUGCAGAUCCUGGAAUGCCUGAACCAACUGUUUUGAGCUUACUUUGGGGAUAAAGAACUAUUUGUUCAUCGGGAUUUGGAAGCAGGCAAUGGACAGGAACAACAUGGAAGGUGUGCAUCUGGAUGGGAAGAGAUGGAGUGUUGUUCAGACAUCACCUAUUGAAUGACACAGGGCUCUUCAUCGAUGCAUCUGUGGCAGAGUGGAACCUCUCCUGACUUAUUUAUGAUAGGCUAUAUCAAAAUAAAUUUUUUAAACAGUU